AUGUUGGUACAUGCUCGAGACUGCAAUUAUCAAAGAAUUUUAUGGUGCUCACCUGAUAACAAUGUGGUGGCCUAUCGACUUUUGACUCUCACUUAUGGCACUGCCUGUGCUCCUUAUUUGCCCAAUAAGGUAAUUAAGCAAUUAACUCAUGAUGAAUGCAAAUUAUCAGAAGAUUGUCCUUCUAGAAAGCAUGAAAGGGCUAUAGAGUUUCCGUUAGCUGAAGAUGCUCAGCUGAAAGUUUUGGGGUUAUUUUGGGAUCCUGAAUCUGACUCGUUUCAUUUUAAGGUAACUCCUCCUUCAGUGGAGACUUCAACUAAGUGGAUCGUUCUUUCUUUCAUAGCUAAAUUAUAUGAUACGAUGGGUUGGUUAAAUCCAGUAAUGUUAGUGGCUAAGUUAUUGAUGCAGGAGCUUUGGCUACGGAAGCUUGAUUGGGUAGAGAAGUUGCCUAACGACCUUCAGAUUCACUGGUCUGAUUAUCACAAUAUUUUGGAGAAACUAGAAUCUUUGAAAGUUCCUAGAUUCCCUCAUGCCAAAUGGCGAUAUAUCUCUACCAAGGACAAUCCAGCGGACUAUGCUACGAGGGGACUCUCGCCGGAAAAGAUUAUGAGUUAUCCUUUAUGGUGGCAGGGCCCACCGUGUUUAAAAUUGCACUCAACAAAAUGGCCAGAUCAUCGCUUCAAUUCUCCGAAACCAUCUGACUUAGAACCACGAGUUCAAGAGUGCCAUCACGUAUUGAGUGAAAUCAAAAGUCCAUUCGAUUUAAUGUUCCAAUUUUCCUCCUGGAGUAAGUUGCUCCGAGUAACUGCUUAUUGCAAGAGGUUUGUUGAUGCGUUUGCUUUCAAACACUCUAAAUGCCCAAAGUCUAAACCUCAAAGUUUGACUCCUUCGCUCAGAGAACGGUUACAGCAUGCUCCUAUCAGCUUUGACGAGAAGCAUCCCAUAAUUUUACCACAGCAUCACCUGAGUAAAAUGUUAGCCGUACGUGCUCACAUUAGAUCUCUACACGGUGGUCUACAAUUGACCUUGAAUACGCUUAGGCAGAGUUUCUGGAUCUUAAGAGCGUGUCCUCUAGUCAAAGGCUUAAUCAAGGAUUGCUUCGAAUGUGCGCGAGAAAGAGCAACUCUUUCCCAGCAACUAAUGGAGAACUUACCUCAUUUUAGAGUAACUCCUAAUCGCCCCUUCACGCAUACAGGUGCAGAUUAUACAGGCCCUUUUCAUGUACGCUUUACUCAUGGACGUGAUAACAAAAGUUAUAAAACUUACGUAGCACAUUUUGUUUCAUGCUGUGCGCGUGCCGUACAUUUAGAGCUCGUGUCUAACUGUACGUCUGCUACCUUUCUUGCCGCCUUCCAGCGAGUCUCUUCUAGGCGAGGAAGACCUGCUCACUUGUAUAGUGACAAUGGCACAACAUUUCACGGUGCUGAUAAAGAAUUAAGAAGUUUCAUUUUGAAACUUAGGCUUGAUAGUAAUUUGCAUAAUGAAUUCGCUAGCGAAGGUACCUCUUGGCAUUUCAUACCUCCAUCUGCACCUCACUUCGGAGGUUUAUGGAAAGCUAAUUUUAAAAGUUUCAAACAACAUCUAAAGCGAAUUGUUGGCGCUCACACUCUAACUUACAAAGAGUUUUCUACUCUCCAAACGCGAAUUGGAAUGUACCUAAAUUUUCGCCCUAUUGUUCCACUUUCCAAUGAUCCAGAAGACUUCGCUUAUCUCACACCCGGACAUUUUUUAAUUGGGGCUCCUUUGACCAGUAUUCCCGAACCAUCCAAACGCUACAAGUGGUUCAAUAAAACUCUAAACCUCAUGAUCGGUGAUAUUGUUCUUAUCAAACAUGAUUCGCUACCACCAUGUCAUUGGUUUUUGGGUAGAAUUACUGAAUGUUACAAGGAAAAGGACGAUUUAAUACGAUCAGUUAGAGUAAAACUGCACGUUCUGAAUAUGAUCGACCGAUUACUCAUAUCGGCCUCUUACCUGUAA